AUGGUAGGUGGUCAGAUUCGUUAUUCUAUACCAGAGGAGAUGAAGAAAGGCUCGGUCAUAGGUAAUGUGGCGCAGGACCUUGGCUUGGAUCUGAAAAGGCUCCGUUCUGGGCGGGCCCGCAUCGUGACCGGAGAAAACGUUCACUACACCGAGCUGAAGACAGACAAAGGGAUCCUAGUCGUGAAUGAGAGAAUAGACCGAGAGGAGCUUUGCGGAGACGUAACGCCGUGUAGCUUCAGCUUCGAGGUUAUUUUAGAGAAUCCAAUGGAACUGCACAGAAUAACAAUACUGAUCCAGGACCAGAACGACAACCCUCCUCAGGUUCUGUACCCAGUCCAGACUGGUGGCUCUGUGGUGGCUGAGAUGGUGCCUCGUUCAGCAGAUGUGGGCUAUCUGGUGACUAAAGUGGUGGCUGUUGAUGUGGACUCUGGACAGAAUGCCUGGCUGUCCUAUAAACUGCAGAAAGCCACAGACAGGGCGCUGUUUGAAGUGGGCUUACAGAAUGGAGAAAUCAGAACUAUCCGCCAAGUCAGUGAUAAAGAUGCAGUCAAACAGAGACUGACUGUUAUAGUGGAGGACAACGGGCAGCCCUCUCGUUCAGCUACAGUCAUUGUCAACGUGGCGGUGGCGGACAGCUUCCCUGAAGUGCUGUCGGAGUUCACUGACUUUCCACAUGACAAGGAGUACAAUGACAACCUGACUUUUUACUUAGUGCUGGCUCUGGCUGUAGUUUCCUUCCUCUUCAUCACCUGUUUAGUUGUUAUUAUAUCAGUGAAAAUCUACAGAUGGAGACAGUCUCGCAUCCUGUAUCACUCCAAUCUGCCUGUGAUUCCAUAUUAUCCACCACGUUACUCAGACACUUUGGGGACAGGGACUCUCCAACACGUGUACAAUUACGAGGUGUGCAGGACGACUGACUCCAGAAAGAGUGACUGUAAGUUCGGCAGAGCUGGUAGUCAGAACGUGCUGAUAAUGGACCCCAGUUCUACAGGAACGAUGCAGCGGAUUCAGAGUGAGAAGAGCAUCCUGGAUGAACCAGACUCUCCUCUAGAGUCCAUCCCCUGA